AUGGGAAAGCGCAGAUCAUCGAACCAAGUGAAAGUUGAAGAUGUUGAAGAAACCGUCGAAGUUCCAAAGAAGAAACUGAAAAACGAUGCGGAGCAGGACGAAGGAAAAGCUUAUCGAUUUCGUAAAGGUGGGCAAAAUAUCAUUCAGAAACAAAAUAAGGAGUCGACGACUUGUUUCAUGUCCUACGAAGAUGGAUUAAGUAGAAUAAAAACCGAAAAAAUGGAAGGCAACAAAUCAAGCGGAAUUGUGCAUCAGAAGCAACUUCGGCAUGUUUCAUUGCCUCAUCAUAUGUCAGGACAAACUGCAAUGAAGCAAGCCCUUCGAUUUAUCACUAGAAACACCGUAGGACGAUAUAAAAAGGAAUCGAAGGGUAUCAUUGUCGCCGUUGGUGAAAUUGAAAUCGCAUCUCCACCACGAGUAAUUGCCGAUCAGUUUGUUUUUCACCUGGACAUUUUGAUUAAUCAGAUUGUCUUCAAGCCUAAGAAAGGAGAUCAGUACGAGGCUAUUGUGCGGCAUGUGGAUAACGACAUGAUCAUCGGGCUCGUAAUGGAUAUGAUUACGAUUCAAGUGCGAAGAAAUGAUAAAAUCAAUAAAGACGACGUCGAUGUUGAUGACAUCAUUCGUGUAAACUACGCUGGCAUGGUAAUCAAGAGAAGUUUGUGUUUAUUACAAGGAAACUACGUCGAACUCGUGAAGAAAAUCAAAAAGGAAGAUAAAGGCUCGAAUAAUCACAUUACCUUCAACGAGGAAUCUGAAGCUGCAGCUUUUUCUGGAGUUAAAAAGCAGGAAGAACCUGUUGACAGCUAUUCAGAAUAA